AAUACCGUCGUGUGAGGUGGUAGUGUCGUGUAUCCGUACAAAAAUCGCGUGAUAACUUUCGUGAAAAUUUGUUUCAAACAUUUUUUGAAAGAUAUUUUGCGAAAGCAAUUUAGAGCGAGUGUGUAUGUGAUUGUGGCAAUAACAGUUUUAUUUGUGAUUUAUAUCUAAAAUUAGUGCAUUAUUGGAAUUUUUUGCGUGAAAAUAAAAUAAGUUUCGAUGGGAUUUUUCACGGUAGAUUCCGUAAGAAGUGUUCAAAAGUGAAAGUUGCAUAACAAAGUGAGUGCGCUGUGAACGAAAAAGUGAUAUUGAGCAUUAAGUGAAGUGCAGUGAAGUUAUGGCGUAGUCAAGAUGGUGGCGUGGCGCUGUGGUCGCGGCGCGUGACGUUUGCAAAACAAAAUGGCGGACUCGAGUCCUGCCACGUCCAUCAUCGAAGGGACUGUCAAAUUCCGCGAUGGGAAAAAGUGGAAGUCGCGAUGGUGCGUCAUGCGAAAACUGUCUCCGGUAGCAGAUUGCGUCCACCUCCAACUGUACAAGGACCUCAAGGAGCGUCAGAAGAACGGCCAGACGAAGGCUUCGCUCUCUCUGCAGCAGUUCCUAGGCUUCGAGGCUGGCUUCACGCUGGACAAGGAGUCCAACACGCUGGCCAUACUGUGCGAGGACGUGGUGCCUGUACUGGCCUUCGAUACACGGGAGAUAUUGAUACAGUGGAGGGUUAAGGUGCAGCACAACCUAGGCAGCAGCAAAGAGUUCGCAGCAGUGAUCAUAUCAGCACCGAGCAGCAACAACAUCAAGGCGGGCCCGGUGCGGCUCCACGCGUGCGGCCCGCGGCUCGCGCUCUGCGGCUCGCGACCCCCCGAAGUGCUGGCGCUUUGGGACAUCAAACUGUUAAGGAGGUUCGGAAUGGUGGACAAGCGGUUCUGCGUAGAAGGCGGCUCGAGGUGCGGUAAGGGCGAGGGACUGUUCAUCUUCGCGGCUGAAGGCGGCAGGGAACUGACGGAGCUCCUCAACAUCUACAGCCACGAGGCGCACUCACGACUCAGUGUCGCUUCUAGGAGUGGAUCAGUUCUCGACAAAAGGUUCUCCGACACGAGUUCCUGCAUGGAUGACUGCUUCCACCAAUCCAUGAGAUCCGUUUCUCCCUCCUGGGGCGGCCCGGCCAGCCAGACCAUGCACUGCCUGUCCGACCUGGACUCCAGCCUGGACAGCAAUGAGGACAAGUUCAGGAGACCCACUUCGCUACCGAGGUGUUCCAGUUGCACUGGGAAGAUCAGUCAAUUAUCAAGGUCAUCAACAAUGCACACGCCAGGAUCCAUCAUGUCACCUGUCUGGACGAUGGAAAACAUAUUGGAGAAACGCUCCGACUCGGACAGAGCGUCCAUCUACUCGAGAUCCAGUGGCAGCGCCUCGGAGUACUCGGUACCACGAAGCGCCUGCCUUCUCGACAAGAGCUUUGAUUCCAAACGUGCCAGUCCGGUGGCAUGCUGCACGCCUACAGUGCCAGUGAAGACUGGCAACACGUGCCAGUGCUGGCAACAACCCAAACCCUGCUGCUGCAGGAAGAAAACGUUUAAUGGACCUUACGAGAAUUACGACGUGCCAAAGACGCCCAUGCCUUUAAUACAGGAACACCCAGUUGACGUAAACGCUGAUGCAGCAAGUCUAUAUGACACACCAAAGAAACUGAAAUGUCUUUUGCAGCAAUGUGACUGCUCAAUGAACGAAGCCAAAAACGACGAUAACCAAACACACGAGAACAACAACACAUGUGAUACUAGCGUUAACAAUGAAACCGAACACUCUAACUACGUCAAUGUUACCCCCGCGUCUAUCAAACCGCAAAUAGAUUUAAGCAACUAUGCUAAUAUAGACCGAGCUACUUUAGAAGAAUUUGAAAGUUCCUUGCGUAUACUCCGCAGCGCUGGUUUCAGUCAAGAAGAACUGGAUGCUUUGGAGGAUAUACCAGAACAUGAUGACGACAUAUCCACGGCAACUACAAACACCGUCCAUCCUUCAACAGAAUGCUGUAACGACCAUUUAAACUACAUGCACAUGGAACCUUUAGAAAGUAGUCUGUCUAGCAACAGUAAAAACUUUUCCGACAACAUCAGUCGAAUUAGUCACGUGUCAGAUCCAACACAACACUCUGAUACUGAUAACACAAUCAGCACGAGACGGUCUAGUUCUGCAGACUUUACUAAGAGACUUGACGAUGAUUACAGCAUACAUAACAGAAUUUGCUUCACACCAACAGUCAUAAGACGAACUUGUAAAAACGAUUGCAUUAACGAGGGUAUACCAGUGAGAAAUAAAACUCCAGAUGCUUUUGUGAAAGAGAAAGUUUUCAAAUCACCUGAACCAAAGACAGAUAACAUUUUCGUCGCUAAGUUCAAAGAUGUCGUCAAAAUACGCAGAUCAUCGAGCGUUCCGAGCAAAUCUGAUAAGAAUAGAGAUUCGUCCAGUUCCAAUGACUCUGGUGUAUCUACAGGAUCACUGAAACACCAUAAGGGAGAUUUCAAUGAAUUCGAAAUGCCCAUAACGAAUGCCAAGUCGUGUAAGAAACAUAAGAGCAAGUUAUUCAGGAAUACCUUGACACCAGUGCACGGACCAUUUGUGAAGUCCAAUUCAUCUGAUCCUCUGAAGAACUUGACAUUCCAAUUUGAUGAAGUCGCCAUUAUGGCCAAGUCAAAUUCUUGUAAUGUUGACACGUUGACUAGAAGGAAGAAAAGAAUUGUUGACACGGAUACAACAGCGCGUCACAGCCAAAUGACGAACAAAAGCACAUCCUCUGGAGCGUCAGACACGUCUGACUACAUGGAGUCAUUGUCAGUGUCGUCAUUCAGCUCCUGCGAUGUGUCAGCCGACAGACACGUGACCAGACCGCGGUCCGGGAAGGAGUAUGCCAGCAUAGAUAGAACUGCGUUGGUAUGUGAUGUUGGACCGGCUUGAAGAAUCUUGCCUUUUGGUAGCUUUGUCUG